UUAUCUGUACUCAACUUUGACAAUAAAAUUAUAACCUCAACGAUACAUAAUCAAAGAAAUUAAUAACAUAAACAUACAAUCAAAAUAAAAUGAUAAAACCAACGGCUUUGGUAAAUUUGGUUUCAAAAAGAGGAAUUUGUUUGACUGCAGUAAGAGAAGGUAAAAGAAAUUUUCGAAAAUUCGUCAUAGCCAAUAAAAGAGGCUCAAGGAUCCACAAGGAGCAGCAGAUGUCAGAAAAAAGAGAACUAGAGAUUGACAAGCGAGGUGUACGUGAUGUUGGAUAUUACAUGAAUGGCAAAUUCGUCAAAAUACCAGAAAUGAUACCAGAAAUCAUUGUGCCUGAUUUAACAGAUUUUAAACUAAAACCAUACGUAUCUUAUAAAGCCGAAGAUGUUAUACAAAGUGAAUUUACAGCGGAGCAUCUUUUUAAUGCAAUUUAUAGCAAAAAAAUUGCCACAGAUUUUAAAGAAGGCAAAUUAGAUGCUGACGGUCAACCACUUGAGCCCUCGGAGGAAGAAAAAAUGCAAGCAGAUGAGGCUGUUCUAAAAGCAAAGAGAACUGGUUCAGAUAUAUUUUAAACGAUGUAUAGUUUCCUUAGAAUAUAGUUAUUUAGUAAAUGUAAAUUAAAUUAUGUUUAAAACUG